AUGGCGUCCAGCUAUGCCCACACCAUGGACAGGCAGGCCCUGCUGCCCGCCCGCCUCGACGGCCCCGCCGGCCUGGACAAUUUACAAGCCAAGAAGAACUUCUCCGUGAGUCACCUGCUGGACCUGGAGGAGGCGGGCGACAUGGUGGCCGCCCAGGCGGAGGAGGGCAGCGGCGAGCCCGGCCGGAGCUUGUUGGAGUCCCCCGGGCUGACCAGCGGCAGCGACACCCCGCAGCAGGACAAUGAUCAGCUGAACUCAGAAGAGAAGAAGAAAAGAAAGCAGAGGAGGAACAGGACUACCUUCAACAGCAGCCAGCUGCAGGCACUAGAGAGGGUCUUUGAGAGGACUCACUACCCCGAUGCCUUCGUACGGGAGGACCUUGCACGCAGAGUCAACCUCACUGAGGCCAGAGUUCAGGUGUGGUUCCAGAACAGGAGAGCCAAGUUCCGCCGGAACGAGCGCGCCAUGCUGGCCAGCAAGAACGCCUCGCUGCUCAAAUCCUACUCCGGGGACGUGGCGGCCGUGGAGCAGCCCAUCGUACCCCGGCCCGCCCCCAGGGCCACCGACUACCUGUCCUGGGGCACCGCCUCGCCCUACAGUGCCAUGGCCACCUACUCUGCCACGUGUACCAACGCCAGCCCAGCACAGGGCAUGAACAUGGCCAACAGUAUUGCCAACCUGAGACUGAAGGCAAAGGAAUAUAGUUUACAGAGGAAUCAGGUGCCCACAGUCAAUUAA